AUGUCUGCUUGUGUCCCGAACCUCUCCAGUCUCCUUUCCUUGCAGGAUCCCAUGAGUAAGCUGUGGCGGCGCGGGAGUACCUCCGGGGCUAUGGAGGCCCCUGAGCCUGGGGAAGCGCUGGAGGAGUUGAGUCUGGCAAGUGCCCACAGUCACGGAGUGCACAAGAAGAAACACAAGAAGCACAAGAAAAAACACAAGAAGAAACACCAUCAGGAAGAGGAGACUGGGCCAACACAGCCGUCUCCUGCCAAGCCCCAGCUCAAACUCAAAAUCAAGCUGGGCGGACAGGUCCUAGGCACCAAGAGUGUUCCUACCUUCACUGUGAUCCCUGAGGGACCUCGCUCACCUUCUCCCCUAAUGGUUGUGGAUAAUGAAGAGGAACCCAUGGAAGGAGUCCCCCUUGAGCAGUACCGUGCCUGGCUGGAUGAAGACAGUAAUUUGUCCCCCUCCCCACUUCGGGACCUGGCGAGCAACUUAGGGGGUCAGGAGGAAGAGGAGGAAGAGAGGUGGCUGGAUGCCCUGGAGAAAGGGGAGUUAGAUGACAAUGGAGACCUCAAGAAAGAGAUCAAUGAGCGCCUGCUUACAGCUCGACAACGAGCAUUGCUCCAGAAAGCACGGAGUCAGCCUUCCCCGAUGCUGCCGCUCCCGAUGGCUGGGGGCUGCCCGGCCCCCGUGCUCACCGAAGAGAUGCUGCUGAAGCGGGAGGAGCGGGCACGGAAGCGGAGGCUGCAGGCUGCACGUCGGGCAGAGGAACACAAGAACCAGACGAUAGAGCGCCUCACCAAGACCGCUGCGCCCAGUGGGCGGGGAGGCCGGGGAACUGCGAGGGGCGAGCGGCGAGGGGGACGGGCCGCAACCCCGGCCCCCAUGGUGCGCUACAGCAGUGGAACGCAGGGCGCCACCAUGUCCUUCCCACCUGGCUUCCCCGCCCCCGCCCCAGUGUCCCAGCGGCCAUCCCCAUCAGGCCCGCCUCCACGAUGCUCUGUCCCUGGCUGCCCCCAUCCGCGCCGCUACUCCUGUUCCCGUACCGGCCAGGCUCUCUGCAGCCUGCAGUGCUACCGCAUCAACCUGCAGAUACGGCUGGUGGGGCCCGAUGGUCCGGGAUCUCCCCUUUUGGCUACUUGAGGCAAGGACCUAACAUAGACUCUG